UGGGAUUUCCCCCUCCCAUGUGCUCCGACUGGCGCUAAAAGUUUAGAGCUCAAAAGUCCGUAGCCACGGUCCUGAACGCAGGUGUUCUCUGGGCCUCCGGGAUCACCUGGUAUCCGGUCUCGUAGCGUGUUUCCCAGGGCGGUGAUACGCUCCCCUGGGGUUCAGCAACCACACUGCCUUCCAGAGAGCUGCAAUGGAGGAGCUGCAGUCAGAGCCCAUGGAGCCCCCAAUGAGUCAGGAGACGUUUUCACACUUGUGGAAUCUACUUCGAUACAACAAUGUCCUGACUUCAGAGGUACCCACAGCAGUGGGCGAUGAUAACCUGCUGCUGCCCCCAGACUUUGUAAACUAUCUGGACAAAGAUCUAGAUGAAGUCUCCAGUAUGCCAGCAACUCCUGCACCAGCAACUGCUCUCCCAGGACCAUCCACCUCCCCAACACCAGCUACCUCCCCAGCACCAGCCACCUCCUGGCCCUUGUCAUCCUGUGUCCCUUCCCAGAAGACCUACCCUGGUAGCUAUGAUUUCCAUUUAGGAUUCCUGAAUUCUGGGACAGCCAAAUCUGUAACCUGCACGUACUCCUCUACCCUCAACAAGCUGUUUUGUCAGCUGGCAAAGACCUGCCCCGUGCAACUGUGGGUCAGCUCCCCACCCCCUCCUGGAACCCGUGUCCGUGCCAUGGCCAUUUAUAAGAAGUCCGAGCACAUGACAGAGGUCGUGAGGCGCUGCCCCCACCAUGAGCGCUGCUCUGACUAUAGCGAUGGUCUGGCCCCUCCUCAGCAUCUUAUCCGGGUGGAAGGGAAUUCACGCGCCAUGUAUUUGGAGGACAAAAACACUUUUCGACAUAGUGUGGUGGUGCCCUACGAAACGCCUGAGGUGGGCUCGGACUAUACCACCAUCCACUACAACUUCAUGUGCAACAGCUCCUGCAUGGGGGGCAUGAACCGGCGGCCUAUUCUCACCAUCAUCACACUGGAAGACUCCAGUGGUAAUCUGCUGGGACGGGGCAGCUUUGAGGUGCGUGUUUGCGCCUGUCCUGGGAGAGACCGGCGCACAGAAGAAGAAAAUUUCAAGAAGCGGGAGGCUUGUCCCAAGCCCUCGAGGAGCACUAAGCGAGCACUGCCCACCAACACCGAGUCCUCUCCGCCCAAGAUGCCAGUGGACGGAGAAUAUUUUCUCCUUAAGAUCCGUGGGCGUGAACGCUUUGAGAUGUUCCGAGAACUGAAUGAAGCCUUAGAGUUAAAGGAUGCCCAGGCUGUAAAGGACCCAGGGGAAAGCAAGACUCACUGCAGCCACCCGAAGUCUAAAAAGGGGCAUUCUACCCCCCGCCAUAAAAAGCUCCUGUUCAAGAGAGAGGGGCCUGACUCAGACUGACAUCCUCUGCUUCCUGUUCCCUGUUGACACCCCCACCCUUGUCCCCUUUCCCUGGCAUUUUUUUGGACUUAGCUUAAACCUCUGCUUGGUACAGGUGUGCCUUUGAAACACCCCAGAAUUUUGUUUGCCUUGACCUGGAAUUUUGCUGAAGAAGUAGGUUUAAAUUGGUGGGUUUUGGCAGGAGGAGUGGGAAGCUGAUAUGUUCCAGCUUAGCUUUUAAGAUUUUUACUGGGAAGACCAUUUGUGGGAGGUAGGAAAAUGUUCUUGCAUGUGAGGUUUAAGUUUCAAAUCGACAUAUACUGGGUUGGAAGCUAGCCAGGGAAGCUGUCUCAAGUUGUUUAAUUUCUCUUAACUUCAUUGUCCACAUUGAUAAAAUGCCAAUAAUCAUACCUACUUCACAGGGCUUAUUGUGAGGGUUAAUGAAAUAACGUAUGUUUGGGACUAGGCUCCCUCAGGCAUGCUGGUUUCGUCUCCCCAUUGGUGGAUGGAUUAAUGGUUUCUGACUGGGCAGCUAGUUAAAAGAAAGGAAUUUCUAAGUCCCUUCUCUGCUUGCCCAGCCAGAUCCUGUCUAACGUUUUGGUAAACCUUAGCACAUAAGAAGAGAUCUCAUCCCAUCCCACACCCUGGAAGAUUCCAUCCCUCAUGUAGAGUCUGUUUUACUUCCCCCAAAUACUCAGGAUCGGUGGGGGGGGUUACAUAUUGGACAAAGCACAUCUGUAUUCCUCACCAGCAGCCCUUCUCCUCUUCCCCUUUUAUACAGCUUUUUUGUAUUGGUUUCUUAUUUUACAAUAAAACUUUGUUUACA